AUGUCACGCGGCUGCCGUAACGAGAUAAAGUUUAAAUUGCGGGGCCGCGCCGCCGCGCCGUGUUGCCGCCGCGACGUAAUGUUUGACUGCAAUAAAAAUGUGUACAGAAAGAGAAACUGGAAGAGCGCAGCGCACUCAUUAACCUCAAGCCGUUAUGAGGGCGAGCAGACAAGGCCCCUCGAAUGCCGCGGGGUCGGCCCGGCGAAGAUAUUACCACCCUCCCAGCGCAGACGCCUUUUG